CUGCUUUUUGCUUUCCAAUUCCUGCUGGACUUUGUACGAGGAGCAGUUUACAAAGAAGUAAAAGGAAGAGGGUUUUAGACACAGGUGAGGCAUCGAAAGAAAGGAGAUCACAGAGUGCGCUUUGGCCCCAGUUGCAAUGGAGGACAGUGACCAUGAGCAUUCCUCUUCAUCAGAUGAACAAGACUCCUGUCCAGCUUCCCCUAAUCAGAGCAGACACCAUGAUCAUGAUCACCAUGAAGAGCCCUCAAGCCAUUCAGAUGACUCAGAAGUGGAAAACAUUAUGCAGGACCCUCAGCAUCAUGGUGGGCACGGUCUCCACCAUCACAAGCAUCACCACCAUCACCACCACCAUCAUGACCCCGAGGCUCAUGAUGCGGACAGGCAGGCCGAGGGCAAUGACCGCCCCCACACCCCGUCAUAUUUGCGGCCCCCCGUGGCCGGCAGGGCCCAGUCAGAUUCGGGUUCAGACUCCGGUUUGCCACAAAGCCGAAGCGUGGAGUUUGACUUGCCGUCCCCCGUCAGUCCCUCCAGGCCAAAGAGCCCCUGGGUUCGAUUUGACCCAUACGACAGUAGCGAGGACCAGGACAAGGAGUAUGUGGGUUUCGCAACGCUGCCAAACCAGGUGCACCGCAAGUCUGUCAAGAAAGGAUUUGACUUCACGCUCAUGGUAGCAGGUGAAUCUGGCCUGGGAAAGUCCACCCUGGUCAACAGUCUGUUUCUCACAGAUCUGUACAAAGAUAGGAAGCUGCUCAAUGCAGAAGAGAGAAUCACACAAACGGUAGAAAUCACCAAACACACGGUGGAUAUAGAGGAGAAAGGUGUCAAAUUGAAACUCACCAUUGUGGAUACCCCUGGGUUUGGGGACGCUGUGAACAACACUGAAUGCUGGAAGUCAGUGGCUGACUACAUCGACCAGCAGUUCGAGCAGUACUUCAGGGAUGAGAGUGGCCUCAAUCGCAAGAACAUCCAGGACAACCGCGUACACUGCUGCCUCUAUUUCAUCUCACCCUUCGGUCACGGCCUCCGACCUCUGGAUGUGGAAUUUAUGAAGGCUCUCCAUGAGAAGGUCAACAUUGUCCCAGUCUUGGCCAAAGCAGACACACUCACCCCUGGUGAAGUGAAGAAAAAGAAAAUUAAGAUCAGAGAGGAGAUUGAGCAGUACGGUAUAAAGAUAUACCAAUUCCCCGACUGCGACUCUGAUGAAGAUGAAGAUUUCAAGCAACAAGACCAUGAGCUGAAGGAAAGCAUCCCCUUUGCAGUAAUAGGCAGCAACACUGUGGUGGAGGCCAAAGGGAAGAGGGUGCGAGGCCGUCUGUACCCCUGGGGUAUUGUAGAAGUGGAAAACCCAGCACACUGCGAUUUCGUGAAGCUGAGGAACAUGCUUGUUCGCACGCACAUGCAAGAUCUCAAGGACGUGACCCGAGAGACUCACUACGAGAACUACAGAGCUCAGUGCAUCCAGAGCAUGACCCGCAUGGUCGUCAAGGAGCGCAACCGCAAUAAGCUAACCCGGGAGAGCGGCACAGACUUCCCCAUCCCAGCGGUGCCCGGAGUGGCCGAGACCGAGACGGAAAAGCUAAUCAGAGAGAAAGAUGAGGAGGUACGGCACGCCAACCACGAACUGGAGUCGCAUCACGACCACGAGCAUGACUCUGCCCACAAUUUUGAUCACCACGAGCACUCAGACCCUCAGCCCAGCCCAGAGAGGCACUCAGAUCACAAAGGCGAUGAAGCUCUCUGAGUAUCUUUAGCUCACAGAUGAUGUGUUUACCCAAAAACACGUUUUUUUUUUUAAGUGCAGUCAGAUCACGUUUUGUGAAACUCACAAGAAAACAGUCUCAUAAACAGGAACUGGUUUAAUUAUAGAGUAAACCUGUAGCCUUUUGGAGCUUUAAACUGUGACUAGGAAAAGAGAUUGCCACUUACACUCACUGGAAGCACCAGGAUGUUUAUAACCACGCCAUCAUCCAGAGUUUCAAGAUUAACCUUCUCAGGAUUAAAGAAAGAAAAGCUGAAUAUAACAUGUGUUCCUGCACCUCAGUUCAUAACAUCUGUGCAUGGCAGGUCAGAGAAGGUGGGAAGGAUAAUGAUGGGAAAGUGUUAAGACUGACAGAAAAAAACUGGUGUUAGUGGGUAUUUAAAGGGCUACAUACUGUGCAAUACUGUGAUGCUUAGUGGAAGUAAAGCAGCAAAAAAAAGUAGGGAAAUUUGUGUUUGGUUGAUUACUUCUUUGUUGUAACAAUGCUUCUAGGCAAUAAAUUUUGUAUUCUUAUAUCUUAUGCAUUUGUCAGUCAAGCAGCAGAGUUGAGCCCAUGAAAAACUUGACGAAUCUUCCCUGCCAAUGCCAAACAGCUAUGAUAUUGACUCUUGGUUGGUGUAUUUUAAUGGAUUAGAUUAUUUAAGUCUGAAGAAACAAAACAUACUGGUAAUUUAAUUGUUUAAUACAACCCCAACGACCUGGCGCCCUCCUCCUCAUGCUAGUCUCCAGUUUGGUCACACACUAGUUUGGGAUGGCAUCCUGUUCUUCAAUCAGCAUUUGUUCCAAAUCAGCCAAUGUUAUGUUGGUCAUUGUGGCCCAAGCUGAUCCCGCAAACAUGCCACUUACAGGUUUUUGGGAUCAGGGGUGAGGUCAGGACGGCAGGUGGGCCAUUUCAUCCUCUCCACUCCCAAAAUCUGGAGGUAGUCUCUGAUAAACCCUUCUCUGUGGGGGUGGGGGGGAUUGUCAUCUUAGAGAAUAGAGUUCAGUCCCAGAUUGUAGAGAGAUGGCCACUGGCUGCAGAAUCUCAUCUCGAAAUCUCUCUGCAUUGACAUUGCCUGCAGUGAUGACAAGCCUUGUUUUUCCUGUGAGGGAGAUGCCAACCCUCGCAAAUGCUGUUACCCCCUCAGAGCAACAAUCUGGACAUAACGGUCCUCCACAUGUUUAGGUCCCACUGCACAUGUUGCAGACACUGGUGCAAAGGGGCCUGAUGGUGAAGGGCAGUCAUGGUGUCAGAAGCUCAAAACAAGAGUCAAUAGCAGAAUUAAUCAUCUCUGUGGUAGAGAAUGUUUUUAAUGCACAUAACCCACAUGCUUAAAUCUGCUGCUCAACCCACAAAUGUAUUUUCAUUACACUUGUGGCACCAUUUAACAGGAAAUAAACAGGCAUUCCCUCAGUGUAAGAUUUAUUACCAAGCAGCAUCGUUGCAACACAGAAAUAAUCAGGCGAACACAAAUUUCCUUACUUUUUUUUGCAAAGUUUAGUUAUAAAUAUUACUGUUGUGAAAAGAAACCUUCCUUAUAGAUUCCUUUUUAUUUUGGGUUUGUAGAUGCUAGACUGCUGCCCUGUUAAUGACUGUUUUGAGUCUCAGGAAUAGAUGGCUGUAUAUGGUUUUAAUGUUGUCCUGCAAUCAUAAUGAGUUAAAUAAGCUAUGUCAAUACCAGUCCCUUCCCUCUGCAACACCAGACCGUGCAAAAUCUAUUUAUUUCAUUAAAUAAAGAGUCUUAUUUUUUCCCUCA